UAGAGGGAUAUCUAUUGUGGAAUAAGUUUGUAUUGCUAUGUUCAGCAUUGGCUACGGUCCUGCAUGUUUUCUUAUUUAAGUAAAGUGCAUGUAGCUGAUUUGUGAAUUAUCCUGUGUAUUGCGCGCUGACGUAAAUAAGCGUUAGUUAGACCUCCCCCCCCCCCCCUUUCCUUUAGUGGUACGUUCCGGAGUGUCAGGCUGCACGCGGUAGUUUGUUUUGAAGGAGCUGGGAGAAGAUGAGUAACGUCUACAUCCAGGAGCCGCCCACUAACGGCAAGGUUUUACUGAAAACAACAGCUGGAGAGAUUGACAUUGAAUUAUGGUCCAAAGAAACCCCCAAAGCUUGUCGAAACUUUAUUCAACUUUGUUUAGAAGGAUAUUACGAAAAUACAGUUUUUCACAGAGUUGUACCCGAAUUCAUAGUGCAAGGAGGUGAUCCAACCGGUACUGGUACAGGAGGAGAUUCAAUUUAUGGAAAACCAUUCAGGGAUGAAUUCCAUACACGUCUACGCUUUAAUCGAAGAGGACUGGUUGCCAUGGCAAAUGCUGGACCUCACGACAAUGGCAGCCAAUUCUUCUUUACCCUUGGACGUGCCGAUGAGCUUAACAACAAGCACACCAUCUUUGGAAAGGUAACUGGAGACACCAUAUAUAAUUUAUUACGACUAGCAGAAGUGGAUAUUGGUGAAGAAGACAGGCCUGUCAAUCCACACAAGAUAAGGACCACUGAGGUGCUGUUUAAUCCAUUUGACGACCUAGUUCCUAGAGUAACUAAAAAGUUGAAAAAAGAAAAACAGGAAGAAGAGACUAAGCAGCCAAAGGUGAAAGGCACAAAAAACUUCAAUUUACUUUCUUUUGGAGAAGAAGCUGAAGAGGAGGAGGAAGAGGUGAAUAAAGUCAGUGAGACCUUUAAAGGAAAGAGUAAGAGUAGUCACGAUCUCCUUAAGGAUGACCCUCGUCUAAGCUCAGUUCCAGCGAUUGACAACUCAAAAGCCUCGGCACAGUCUAACAGCGACAGUGAUGAGGCAGAUUCAAGUGAAGAUGACGAAGAUGACAUAGAUAGUGAUGAGCGACAACAGAUGAAAGAUCGCAUAACCAGCAAAUUGAAAAUGGACCCCAAUAAAAGCACCAAGUCAUCAGUGAAAUCUUCAGGGGAUCAGGAUCUUCAGGAGAAGAAAAGUAGUCGAAGUGAAGAAUUACGUAAAGAAGUACGUCAGCUAAAACGAGAACUAAACACAGCAAAAAAGAAAAGGGAAGACGAAGCAAAAGAAAUUGAAAUAGCCAAGGAAGCAAAAGAGGCUGAAGAGACAGAAGCCAACAGUGCCCUGGAAGAAUACUUGAAGGAGAAAGAAAAGUAUAAUGACUGCAGGAAGAAAAAUACAAAGAAAGGAUCUUCUAGAGAAGAACAGACGUUGUCUCUUUUGGACCGUUUCAAAUCGAAGCUGACACAGGCGAUAAGUGAGGCCCCUGAAGAGGAUCCUGUAUCGGAGAUAGAAGACGACGAUGAUAAAGGAUGGUUGUCCCAUGUGCUUCAGUUUGAUGAGAAAAGCCAGAAGGUAAAAGAUGCCAAUAUGCAAGAUGAAGAUACCUUUGAGAUUUACGAUCCUCGGAAUCCAGUCAAUAAAAGGAGACGAGAGGAAAGUAAGAAACUGAUGAAGCAGAAGAAAGAAAGGCGAUAAAGGACAACCGAAGACAUCUUUUAUAAAAUGUGUAGAUUUUCAUUUUGGGUUUUCAUCUUCAGUUUAGUAAAAGGACCAUUAAGUUGUCAGUCGUCCAAGAUAUAUCUUUUACUACGUUUAUAAUCGAAAAAGUUCAUCUAUUGGAAACAUAUUGGAAUUUGUCAAAGCUGGUUAUUAGGAACAGUGGAGAAGUUGUCUGUACUGAUCAGACUGCUGCUUUCAUUUUUAUUAAGAUUUCUGAAAAAUGAAAGGC